GUUAUGUUUAUGAAAGUGCGAAGUGUCAAUAAUUGUGUAAUCUGUGAUAUAUUUAAUGUUUUUACAUAAAUAAUUUAACUUCUAACAAUAAAAAUAGUGAAGGAAUUAUUAUAUGUUAUUAGAAAGUAUAUUGUCACAGAAUCAAUUUACUAAAAUAACGAACUAUUGUUAAUUCUGUUAAUUUUGAGUUUAUUUUUUUAAUCAUGAGUGGUGGUAUAGCACCUAGUAAAUCAACAGUGUAUAUUUCAAAUUUACCAUUUUCAUUAACAAAUAAUGAUGUUCAUAAAUUACUGGAGAGUUAUGGAAAAAUUGUUAAAGUAACCGUAGUCAAAGAUAAAUUAACAAGAAGGAGUAAAGGUGUGGCUUUCGUUUUGUUUUUAAAAUCAGAAGAAGCUGCCUCAUGUGCCAAAAAUUUAAAUAACACCAAGAUUGGAGGUCGUACUGUAAAAAGUUCAAUAGCAAAAGAUAAUGGUCGAAGUACAGAAUUUAUAAGACGCAAAGAUUAUCCUGACAAAUCACGUUGUUAUGAAUGUGGAGAAGAAGGUCAUUUAUCUUAUCAAUGUGAAUGUAAUACACUAGGUUCUCGGACUCCACCGCCAAAAAAAGUGCGAAAGAGAAAUCCAAAAUCAAAAGAUAAUGAUGAGAGCAACAUUAAUUAUUAUGAUAGCGACAGUGAUGAAGAAGCUCGAGAACCAAGAGGCGGUGGAGAUAAAGAUGAAAAUGUUACAGAAGAAACAACUGACGAUGAGACAUGGAGUUCGUCUAUCAGAAUAGAACAAGAAAAACAAGAACUUGAAAGGUAUAGACUUAAAGUUGUAACUGGACAUUACAAUGAAUCACAAGAGUCGAUCAAAAAGAAACGUUUCAAGAAAAGUAGCUAUUUUAGUGAUGAAGAAGAAACAUUUGAAGAUUAAUUAAUAAUUUUAAUUUAUAUAUUAAUUUCCAAAAAUGGUAAGUUUAUUUUUUAAUAUUCAAAUACUUGAAUAAUAUUUUUUUAAAGAUAAAUUUAAAAGAAAUGAAGUCUAAAAAAUCUACAAAAAUGUAUAUAAAUAUAAG